AUGCAGACUGCUUCUACAAACAUUUGUGAAAUACUGUGCAAUAAGUCCAUCUGUGAAAUUUCCUUGCUACUGAAUAUUUUACGGUCAACUGUUAGUGGUAUUAUAACAAAGUGGAAUCAACUGGGAACAACAGCAACUCAGCCACGUAGGCCACUUAAAAUGACAGGGCCAGCUCAUGCUGAAGCGCACAGUGCGCAGAAGUCGACAACUGUAUGCUGAGUCAAUAGAUAAGACCUCCAAACUUCAUGUGACCUUCAGAUUAGCACAAAUACAGUGUAUAGAGAGCUUGAUGGAAUGGAUUUCCAUGGCCGUGCAGCUGCAUCCAAG